AUGAAAUAAUUAACAUUAGUAUGUUUAAGUGAUACUCACUCUAAAUUCGUGGAUGUUUAACAUGGUGAUGUGCUUAUUCAUUGUGGAGACUUUACUAAUUGGGGACAUGAACAAGAAAUCAAAGAUUUUAUAUCAUGGUUAAAAGCAUAACCACAUAAACAUAAGAUUGUAGUACCUGGCAAUCACGAUAUUACUUUGGACAUAUCAAAAUACCCAGUAUUGAAGAAGAAAUUUCAUAGAUACAGCAACUAUAAUCCAGAGUAGUUGCUUUAGGAUCUUAAAGAAUGUUGUCACUUGCUAAUAAACUCAUCAGUUACAAUAGAAGGAUUUAAGUUUUGGGGUAGUCCAUACACUUAAGAAUUUUGUGAUUGGGCUUUUUAAAUUGAAGGAAGUAGUCAAUAAUUUUGGGAUCAAAUAGAAGAAGGAUCUGAUGUUGUUAUUACUCAUGGACCUCCAUAUUUUUAUGGAGACAAACUCAGUAAUGGGUAGAGAGUGGGAGAUAAAUAUUUAAUAGAGAAGGUUAAGAAGAUCAAACCAAAACUUCAUGUUUUUGGUGGAAUUCAUGAGUCUUAUGGAUAAUUUGAAGAGGAUGGAGGGUAUGGAGUUGAUGCAAUUAAGUUUAUUAACUGUUCAAUUAUGGAUGAGAAAUUCAAGAUUUAGAAUAAACCAUUUUUGUAUGAGCUUAAAAAAGAUUUAUGA